UGAGACUUCCUAAUGCUGGUUAGGGAUGGUGGAAAUCAUAGUGUGUUGCAGAUUGAGUCCCAGGUUGAUGGGUCAAACAGAACAGCCAAAGAAAGGAGGAGGAUAGCUACUUUUUUUUUUUAAGAUUUAUUCUGGUGGGAUGCUGAAAAUUACCAAAUUAGCAUUCAAGAAGAUUAAGUAGUUCUUAACCAUGUAGUCAGAAAGCUUUUCUUUUAGCCUUCUAGCCCUGCAAUAAAACACAAUUGCAAGCAGUCGUGACAAAGAAAGGGCAAACUUGAGAUCCUUCACCCUCCUUUCUAUAGGAACCUGAGAAGAAACGGCUCCUUCAAGACUUUGAAUUGUCACCAUGAGCAACCUUGGAAAGCCAAUGGCUCCAGCUUCCACCAUCCUGACCGAACAGCCCAAAAGAAAAAGGGGGAGACCAAGGAAGCAGCCACAGGAUCCAACUGGACCUCUGCCCCCAAAGAAACCACGUGGGCGGCCAAAGGGAAGCAAGAAGAGGAGUGCUGAUUGUGGACAGGUGGGGCACAUCUCUACUGCAAAAAAGCCCAGGGGAAGGCCACGAAAGUGGCUUUUUGUCCCUGAGGAAGAAUAUCACAAAACUGAAGUCGAAGGGGAAAGCAAUCCAGGUUUUAACACAUGCCCUGUCACAGAAGGGGCAUCUACAAAAGGCUGUCACAUGAAGAAGGGAGCCACAGAAUUCAGGAGAACAUUGAGUGAACAACAGUCUCCUUGUUGACGUGUCACUAGAGCAAAAUGAAUUAAACUCCUGGUCUGCCAUGUGCAAAGGAAAGCCAAGGAAAGCCCCCUUCCCCAUUUUUCUUUUGUACCUUUACCAAUGAACUGCCUCUUGCAAAGCUCAGUCAUUCACAUUUGUAACAGCGGUCCUAACCCCCAAAAAGAGGGUUUAGAUCUAAUUAGCAUUUGGAGGAAAAUCGACCCGUUACGUGUUUUGAAAAUCUUCAUCGAUUUGAGUCUUCUACCAUUGGGAACAUUAAUUAUUCUAGGAUGCCAAGAUCCUGAUUUUAAGAAAUGGGAAAUAUCUUCCUAACUAAACAUGCUUACCAGUG